AUGUCCGUCCACAAGCUCAAAGUCGGUAUGGCUGGUCUGGGCCGUGUUGGCAAGAUCCAUGUCAUUAACCUUUUGCAUCACACUCCUCGUGCUGAGCUCGUGGCAGCUUUCUCUCCUGAUCCUGCAGAGAUUGCCUGGGGCAGACAGAACCUGGAGCCAUAUGGCGUGACUCUGUAUGAUAACUACGACAAGAUGCUCGAGCAUCCCGGCCUAGCGGCAGUAGCCAUUGGCACAGCGACAUCUGUUCAUGCCGAGCAGACUAUUAAAGCCAUCGACCGUGAUCUACACGUUCUCUGUGAGAAGCCACUAUCAACAGAUAUUGAAGUGUGCAAAGCGGUGGUGCAGAAAGCAAAGACCAAGCCUCAUCUCAAAGUCAUGUGUGGCUUUUCUCGCCGAUUCGAUGAGUCUUACCGCGAGGUCCACGACAAAAUCAGUCAAGGCCUGAUUGGUCGACCUUCUAUCAUUCGAAGCCAGACAUGUGACAAGUUUGACCCCUCAGGAUUUUAUGUUGCAUAUGCCGCAUGGUCUGGCGGUGUCUUCGUUGAUAUGUCUGUUCAUGACAUCGACCUCACCUUGUGGUUCUUCGGUGAUGACUCGGUCCCUAAGAGCAUUUCUGCCCACGGAAUUACAGCUGUCCAGCCGGAGCUGAAGAAGUACAACGACUAUGACAAUGCAGAAGACACGACUGAGGUCAUUGGCACCGAGGGUAAAUUAUCUGUCAACACCAACCCUCAGCGUAACUUUGUCAACUUCUAUCACUCCGGAGGUAUUACACGAGAAGUUCCUAGCAACUUCAUCGGCCGAUUCGGUGCUGCUUUCGUUAAGGAGGCAAAUGAGUUCACCGCUGCUUGUCUAGACAAUACGCCUCUUCCGAUUAAAUUGACUAACGCAGUCAAGGCUGUGGAAAUCGGUGCCUACCUUCAGGAAGCCCUAGUAACUGGGAAACAAAUUCACUUCGACGAGAUUGGAAGGAGGAUUGAGAAGCCUAUGCUGUAA